AUGGCUGCCAAUUAUGCCUUCAUGGCCUACGAUCCAGAAGCAGCUGAUGUGAUCCUCGACUUGUUGCGAGUCAUCAACACAACCAUCGUCGACAACCACGUCGAAGUGACUAACAUGUUCCGCAAUUACACCGAAGUGACCAACAUGCUUCGUAACAUGGUCAGUCAAGGUGUUCGAUCAACACACAUCCCAGACCCACUUGUUCGAUAUAGCCCUGAGGAUAUCAAGUUCUGGAAUUCGGUCAAGCUUUACAUGUUCAUCGGGUGGAUGUCAUUCCUUGGAGUGUUCUUUAUUGCUCUAUUCUCCACAAAGAUCGCGGAGGACUUUCGGCAGUCGCAAGGGGAGUUCAGCCGGGCGAUCCGUUUGAUGAAGCAUGACAAGCAGGUUAAGCAGCAUGAGGCCGACAUUAAGGAGUUUUCUCAAUGUGAGGAAUGCGCCGCCAAGAAAUUGGCACGCGAGGAGCAGCGCGCCGAGAAUGAACGUCAGCUUCUCGAGCAUUUGGACGAGCGCUCCAGGGAACUUUUAACACUCAUCGAAGAGUCCCAGAAGCGCGAUACUGAGCGGGCAAAGAAGACCGAGUAA